AUGGCGGACAAGUCGGGUGUGCAGGUGUGGCGCGCCGCCUUCCUCCUCGUCGACUUUGCCUUGCACCACGCCAGUGUCUUUGCAGACGAGACAAUUCUCGAGCUUGGCUGUGGCAUCGGCCUCGCCAGUCUCGUGCUCUCUGGCGUCGCCAAGCUCGUGCUGGCCACGGACUGCGACGUCGAUGCGCUCGCGAUCGCCGACGAGAACCUUCGCUGGAACUUGCACGGUCCGUGCCGACUGCGUCGUUUGGAUUGGACGAGGCGUGGAUUGCCGCUGGCCGUGGAACCGUUCGGCUGGUCGAACCGCGAUCGCACCGCGCUGGAGCGCGCUCGCUUUGUGCUUGCGAGCGACGUGUUGUAUGACGAUGACGUCGCGGACGCGUUCUUGACCAAGCUCACCGAGCUCCUGCUGGAGAAUGCAAGUCGGACGGCCAUCAUCGCCACGGAGAAGCGGGCCGUGUUCUCGGCGGUGACGCUAUCGGUUGUCCAUCUCGGCUACGACGCCUUCGAGGCCAGGAUUUGCCGUCAUGUGACACUCGCGUCGCCCAGCUUGACCGAGCGCGGCCGUACGCGCUACGCAUGCAAAGAUUGCUCGGCGAAGGCGGCGACGCCGUUCUUGGCAGCGACGCGCCUUUCCAUGCACGGGAUUCCCCAAGCGUUCGCCUACGACCGACAAGAGAUGCUCGAGCUGUGGCUCAUCCACGGCCUCAUCAACGCCCCAGAACCAGCGUAGGCGUCGAUACACGAAGACGCGGACUCUAUUGCUGUAAGCA